UACCGCAUAAAGAUCGAAUCUUGAUCUAGAUAUUAUGUUACACUCGCCUGUUUGUUAGGUGUAUUGAACAGAUAUAUACUUAUAUAUAGGUACAAAGCCUACAAACACACACUGGGUAACUGUUGGCUCUAAGCACGCAGGACGGACAGCGUUCGUCUGUCGUACGACUGGCUGGAUCAAACUAACCUCGCAUCGCCCCGCACAGGACCAACACACAACACACUUCACUCCCGUCAUCCGCCAUGUUGUAUCAGUCAUAAGGCAAGCCAUGUUUGUGUAGCAGCAGAUGGAAUCCAACACAAAGACCGAAACAUAAGUCUUUUCAAAGUACCAUCAUGCAUACAAGUAGAGUUAUUUUCCCAUCCUGCACAAGGACUUAAUAUCAAGAGAAAACCAACGUAUUAUUAAAGCGACUAAUUAAUCAGCAUUCUAAUACUCGUCUCACUACAUUGAAUUCAACUAGUGUAAUUGAAAGAGAAUAUACACUUCUUGACUUAAAAGAGAAGAUAGCCUUGUCAACAACUCUAGAGAUUCAUCAGAGAUGCAGCAAGAAGUGAAAGUCAAAGAAGAAUGGUUAGGGACCGAGGGAUCUCAAAAAGCUCCAUCAAAACGAAAGAGGAAAGGCGAUGACCCAGACUUAGAUGAGGCUUUGUAUCAGUGGUUCUCAGCCUUGUCGAAACAGGGCGAUAUAGUCAAUGAUGCAUUGUUAAAAGCCAAGUUAGAAGAGUUUGCUCAGGAUAUGGGCCGCAUGGAUAUCAAAGCAACAGACAGUUGGCUGUGUCGUUGGAAAUACAGAUAUGGCGUUUGUUUUCCUGAAUCUGAGGGAGACAAAAUAUUAGGGGGCAGCUUACGUUUGAUGCCUAAAGGAAACAGAGAAGUGUACUCACUCCUGAUACAGGAAGUACAGAAUCGAGAAUGUCUGUAUGUGCCGACCCACCCACAGUACAAAGACAGGCAGAAGUUGGAGUCAGAGUGGACAGAGAUUGGCCAGAUUUUAGGAGUCUCAGGUCAUGUGGCUAAAAAGACUUGGCAGAACUUAAGAAGUUCCUACACACGAUGUCUGGCUAGUGAGAAGGCGCAAAGCUUGACGGGUGGUAGAAAAACAACUUGGUAUCUGAAGGACCAGAUGGAGUUUCUAAGGGAAUACAUGUCCACCAUGUCUGCUUUGGAUGUUGGCCGAAACCACAAUGGCUUUGAUGAGAUUGGUCCAUCCACUGAAGAGCUGGUGGACAGCUACAUCAAGGAACAAGAGAAGGAGCUCGAGGAUUCCACAAACGAUUCAGGUUCUUCAUUCUAUCAUUCUCCCAAUGCUAUUUUACCUACCUCACUGAAGAGACUUAAACCAUCCUCAUCAUCUUACUUUAAUGACUCGGCCUCGCCUAUGGCGGAUACUUUGGUAAGGCUUUUAACCUCAGACUCUGAUGAUGACCUGGUGUUUUUUAAAGGACUUCUUCCAUCUGUCAGGCAGCUGACGCCAGCGAACAAUCGCAAGUUUAAGCACUCUAUAUCGAAUUAUCUUUUUGAAAUGCUAGACGCUCAGGAGGCAGAUCCAGGACAAAAGAUUGCUGAGCCAAUUCUUAAUCAUCAGUAGUUAUUAAUCUGAUGUGGACUUUUUUUUUUAGACUAAGAUGCGUUUUUUAAGGCUAAUAUUUGUUCCAAGUGUUUAAUAUUUAAUGUGGAGACUUAAAGAGUAGAUGAUAGAGAAUCGAUUUAAAAAUUGAUUAAAUGUAACAUUGUUUUAGUUCUUUUAGUAUGUCUAUUUACUAUUUACCGAAAGUUAAUUAUAUGCAAUAUGAUAGCUUCAGUGUUAGUGGCAGAUAUUACUAAAUCUGUUGAGAUUGAGGGUUUUUUAAUGUGCUUAAUUCGUUUGUCAACUUAAAUUUGCUUUCUUUCCAGACACAGUCUGUAUAAUUCAUAAAAUAAUAAACAGCUUUAUAAUAAUUAUGAUUAAAAAAUAUUCUAAAAUAAUGUAUUUAACACAGUGUUCUAAAAAAAAACGGAUUAUCUUAUCAAGAUGUUUAGAAAUUAGUGUAAUAUGGUUCCGUUUUUAGAAUAUCAUUUUAAAGAAAAAAAAGAAGGUGUUUUCUACGUAUAGUAUAAAAAAAAAACUACGCUAGGUUAGUGACAUGCAUAGUCUGUGACUGAUCGAUAUUCUUAAAUGAUAACAAUUAGGGAUAAAAAUUCUUUAACCUUAAAAUCUGGAGACCCCGAAUUAGCUGUUAUCCUGUUGAAUGAUAGAACUCGCACAGUGUUGAAAGAUGGCAAGAAUAUAUGUUGUAGAUAACAUGACUAGUCUAAAUGUGAUUGGUCUGCUGUAUUGGGAUAACAACAAUACAAAAUUUGGUUACUUCGGUCAUUGUGCUAUUUGCCAUUUUUUGUCAUUUCAUUGUUGGUCAUUUUACUGUUGAAACGUCAAAUAAAAUAUAUUUUUGGUCAA